UUUUUUGUGGGAUAAUGGGCAUAUAUAUAUAUAUAUGUGUGUGAGACUUUGAACAAAUUUAUGUGUGUUGGUAUACCUAUAUAACUAGUGCAGGGAUUUGUGAAGAGGUGAUUAGUUUACCUGCACUGUUGUAAGGAUGCUCUCGUCAAUAACUCGCGCGGUAUCGCUUGAACGUCUUUCCGGGGAAAUUCGAAUGUUUGGUAAAUUAUCCAAAAAUCCGUCAACAGAAAAUAACUUAGACAUGGACUACCUAAAUUUAGGAUUCCUCGCACUGGAAUUACGCGAGACAGUAUCAAAAACUUUGUCUUCAAUAAAAAACGAAUUGAAGCAAACCCUGAGCGAGCAAAGCGCCGUAGAAAAUAAAAAUAACAACAAAAUUGUAAGCAACAAGUCAGAAAGCAACUUGAAGACAAUAACUCUGGAGGAGCUAUCCUGGCACGACACAAUUGACGAUUGCUGGAUCGCUAUUUACGAUUACGUCUACGACUGCACCGAGUUCAUGAUAAAACACCCCGGGGGCGACGACGUCCUUUGCGAAUACGCGGGCAGGGAUGGAACCAUCGCGUUUAUCAGCACGGGACACUCCGAGUCAGCGGUUAAUUUAUUGGACAAGUACUUAAUUGGCGAGCUGCCUCCUAACGAGCGGCUUUUCCGCAUCGAGAACGGGGUCAAAGUUGUUCUGUAGCGUUUUAUUGACACCAAAUGUGUUUAUUUUAAUUAAUUUUUGAAAAGAGAAAAUUUUUUAGCAUUGUUACCUUUAAUUUU